AUGGCUUCACAGGACCACUACAUAGGGAUUGACGUCGGUACGGGUUCAGCCCGUGCGUGUCUCAUCGAUUCUUCAGGAGACAUCAGAGCUCUUGCUUCCGAAGCGAUCAAGCUCUGGCAACCUCAGACUGGUUACUAUGAACAAUCCACGACAGACAUUUGGCACUGUAUCUGCCACUGCGUUCAGCGAGUUGUCCACCAAUCAGGCGUUGACCCUUCAUUGAUUAAAGGCAUCGGCUUCGAUGCGACUUGCUCACUAGCUGUAUUUGCACACGACACCGAUGAGCCUGUUCCCGUCACCGGACCCGACUUUGAGAAUGAUGGCAACGACCGCAAUGUCAUUCUUUGGCUCGACCAUCGUCCCGUGGAAGAGACCGAGAAGAUUAACGCUACUGGCCAUAAUCUGCUGCGCUAUGUCGGAGGCAAAAUGAGUAUUGAGAUGGAAAUCCCCAAGGUACUCUGGCUUAAGAACAAUAUGCCCCCGGAACUUUUCAGUCGCUGCAAAUUUUACGAUUUAGCAGAUGCUCUUACGCACUUGGCCACAGGCAACGAGACCCGCAGCUUCUGCAGCACCGUCUGCAAGCAAGGAUACGUCCCCGUUGGCGUCGACGGAAGUGUCAAGGGCUGGCAAGAGGAUUUUUACCAUACAAUUGGACUGAGCGACUUGGUUGAAGACAACUUCAAGCGCAUGGGAGGAGUCGACGGGGUGAAUGGCAAGUACAUGAGUGCGGGUGAAUUAGUCGGCACACUGUCAGAGCAUGCUAGCAAGCAGCUCGGAAUACCUGCUGGAAUCGCAGUCGGCAGUGGCGUUAUUGAUGCCUACGCCGGUUGGAUUGGCACGGUAGGAGCUAAGGUCGAUACGCAAUACGGACACGCAGACGAAACUCAUCCUGCAAACGACCUAGCCCAGGCCUCGACAAGACUUGCCGCUGUGGCUGGUACCUCAACCUGCCACCUAGCUUUGUCCGAGAAACCUGUGUUCGUCAAUGGUGUAUGGGGACCGUACCGUGACGUUCUUCUCCCAGGGUUUUGGCUGGCAGAGGGCGGCCAGUCAGCGACUGGAGAACUUUUACGCCAUGUCAUUGAAACACAUCCGGCGCAUAAGGACGUUAUACCCCUUGCAGAAGCGACGCAAAUGAAUGUCUAUGAUUACUUGAACGUCCACCUCCGAGAGUUAGCCGAAAAGGCCGAAGCACCGACGGUAUCGUAUCUCGGGAGACACUUCUUCUUCUACGGCGACCUAUGGGGCAACCGUUCACCCGUCGCGGAUCCAAACAUGAAGGGUGCCGUCAUCGGCCUCAGCUCCGAUUCUAGCGUGGAUGGCUUAGCGCUCUAUUAUUAUGCCACGAUGGAGUUCAUCGCGUUGCAGACACGACAGAUUGUAGAGGCUAUGAACAAGGAGGGCCAUAACAUACAGACCAUCUUCAUGUCAGGCAGCCAGUGUCAGAAUGAAAUGCUUAUGAAUCUUAUCGCGACCUGCUGCGACAUGCCGGUGCUUAUCCCACGAUACGUACACGCGGCUGUUGUACACGGGGCGGCCAUGCUCGGAGCUAAAGCAGCCAGUGCCGAUAGUGAAGGCGCGACCGAGAAUCUCUGGAGCAUCAUGGACCGCAUGAGCAAGCCCGGUCGGCUCGUGAAGCCCGGAAAGAACGCGAACGAGAAGAAGUUACUCGACACCAAGUACGAGGUCUUCCUCGACCAAUGCCGCACUCAGCAAGACUACCGCAAGAAGGUGGAUGAGGCGACUACCAGCUGGGCCAUCCUCCAUCCCCCAAGCUCCAUCCCAUCGCCCUCCAUGUCGCUCUUCGGGGCUUCUACUGCCCAGCAGCAGCAGCCGCAGCAGAAUGCAGCCCCGCGAUUGAGUCUCUUUGGUCAACAGCCUAGUGGCCAGAGGCCUAACUUGUUCGCAAGCUCGACUGCGCAGAACCAGACUCAGAAUACUACGCCGAGUUUGUUCAAUACUGGUAGCCAGCAGCCUCAGACAUCCCAGACUCAGAAUGCUACGCCGAGCUUGUUCAAUACUGGUAGCCAGCAGCCUCAGACAUCCCAGACGCCUAGCCUAUUCGCAAACUCGACUGCUACACAACAGCCACAGGCACAAUCCGGGAGUUUGUUUGGGAACCAGACAGCUCAACCUGCGGCUACUGGUACCGCUGGCGGAUUGUUUGGCUCAACACUCGGAAACACCGCGCAACAACAGCAACCACAAACACAAGGACCAGGGUUAUUCGGGCUGGGCGCCCCAACAUCUAAUCAAAACGCGGGUACAUCGAGCCUAUUUGGAGCCAGUCAGCAACCUACCGCGUCGACCAACAAUGGUGCGCUUCCCCAAGGAAACACGACGGGCUAUUUUGACAGCCUCCUUGCAAAGAGCAAGAAACAAGCUCAGGGCGAAUCCCCCUUGGAGGACCUUCCUAGUUUGCAGCUGGGAUUGGGCGAUCUCCGGCAACGCCUUCGAAAAUUAGGACCACAAGUUGAUCCUCUCCAGCAUGGCAGAGCUCAAUAUAUGUUAGCUGCCUCCGGUGUGGACCCUGGUGCUGCCGUGAAAGAUCUGAAAUACUUCAGUGCUAGUACUGCAGGCCGUGUUGACCGACCAACUACUGCUUCUGCUGCGCCAGAAGUCGAUGUUGAAGCAUAUCUUGCCAACCUCCAGUCAAAAACUACGCUGAGUAUGAUUGCUGACGGUCUUGAGAGAUCAACCAGAGACUUUGACAACUUCUUGGAGGACAAUAUUACAAUGGAAUGGGAGGCACAGAGAAAGCGUAUAUAUGAGCAUUUUGGUAUCAAACCAAGGGAAGACGGAUCAGGUGAACACAACGCCGGAACACCAGGCAGAGAAACGUCGGGAGGAUUUGGACGCUCACGAAGAAAUCCAAAGGCUUCUCGAGCUGCUGCGUCUACUAUGAAGGGUAGUGCUUUCGGCCGCUCAGCCAUGCAGAAGUCAGUCAUUGGAACGCCAACUAGAAUUGGUCUUCACCAGCCUGAGUUCAAAGACGUGGAAGAUGCCGCAGGUAGCCCAGCUGUGGGGCCCAACGGCACAUCAACUGAAGACCGGUUGAUUAGAGAGAAGCAAGCUAAACUCGCCGAGCGCGUUAGAGAUCUCAACUUGGCUCGUCUGGAGAAGACACCAUAUGCCAUCUUUAAUGAGUUUGCCCAGGUGGAGAGCAGAACCGGCGAUAGGCAUGCUCAGCAGCUUGUUGAUGCCUAUAAUGCUGCCAUGUUCAUAGUUGGUGAAAAUCCGGAGGCCGAGACAUUUGCCGGAGACGCAACGGCUCGAGAGCGCCAGUUCAAGGAUAGUUAUUUGGACUUGAACGAAAAGUCUGCUGCUUCCUUGCAGAUGAGAAGAAGGAUACUCGACGGUGCAAAUCGCUUUCUAGAACGAAAGUUUUUCCAAGAGGUUGAAAGUGUUAUAGCGAAACAUCCUCGGGAAGCUGCUCUUGGAGGGCGGCCCGACGUUAUCAGCAAGAUCCAGGCAUACGUGCGCUUACGAAAUGCUAGACGAGACCUAGUACCCGACAACAUCGAGCUUCAGCAGGAUGCGGAAGGAGAAUUUGUCUGGGCAAUAGUAUUCUUCCUGCUACGCUCUGGUCAUGUUGAUGAGGCUGCACAUUACAUCAAGGCACAAGCUACAGUGUUCCGAACCAUUGAUAGGACAUUCGCUUCUUACCUUCUCGAGUAUGUGGGUAGCCCUGAAAGACGGCUGAGGCGCCAACUACAAGACCGAUGCAACAAUGAAUACAACCAGAGAGUUCGCAAUGCCCCCGAGAAUUCCAUAGACCCCUACCGAAUGGCUUGUUACAAGAUUAUUGGACGGUGCGAUGUCAGCAACCGCAGUCUUGACAACUUGAAUACAGAGAUUGACGACUGGGUUUGGCUUCAGUUCAAUCUUGCUCGUGAAAAUGACAAGUCAACCGAGGUGGCUACCGAGUCGUACGGGCUACAGGAUCUUCGCACAAGCAUUCGGGAGAUUGGACUUAAGCAUUUCCCCAAGAAUCCUACAGAAGAUACCAAUGGUACCUUUGGCAUGUUUUUCUACCUGCAAAUCUUGGCAGGCAUGUUUGAGCAAGCCAUAUCGUAUCUUUAUACAUUCUCCUAUGUGGACGCUAUCCAUUUCGCGAUUGGUCUAGAGUACUACGGCCUCCUUCGACCAGCCGAUCCGUGGAAUACAUCGGACACACUCCUAUCUUAUGACACUCGCUCAAAGCCGCAGCUAAGCUUCGGCCGAAUGCUAGGAUACUACACAAGAGAUUUCCGUGCCGCCGAUGUGAACUCUGCAGUGGAUUAUCUCACUCUCAUCUGUCUCAAUGCUGAUCUAGAAGGAGAACAAGGGCGUCAGCAGGCAGAGUUAUGUCAUGUGGCCCUCCGAGAGCUGGUGCUGGAGACAAGAGAAUUUAGCAAGCUGAUUGGUGACAUUAGGCCAGAUGGACGCCGUAUUACAGGUCUCAUUGAGGAACGCGGUCCACUGAUAGGAUUGCAGGAGGAGGAUGAUUUCGUUAGGACGGUUACUCUCCAAGCAGCUCGAUUUGCUGACGACAAUGGUCGGACAACGGAUGCCGUGUUGUUAUAUCAUCUUGCCGGAGAUUACGAUAGCGUUGUCACAAUUGUUAGUCGCGCUUUGAGCGAGGCUAUCUCACUUGAGAUUGGCGAAGAUCCUAUGCGUCUCGUGCCUGUCAAACCACGCGCCAGUGGUGAGAAGCCUGAAGCACAACCCGGAAGCAGCUUAAGCCUCGCAUCUCUGGAUGACCCCAUUCAGCUCGCCUACACCAUGAUGUCCAUGUAUGAGAAAGAUGCUAUGUUCUCAACCAAAAUCCAGAACCAAAACCGAAUUGCUUGUCACCUUCUCUUGCAAAUGAGCGAGAUUAAGAAUCUUGUGGAAGUUGGUCAAUGGCCCGAUGCGUUGGAUAAAAUCCGCGCGCUCGAAAUUCUUCCAUUAGAUGCUGGUGGCGACCCUACGAGAGUCCGGCACUACGCAUCCAAAUUCUCGGGACUGUCGCAGGCGGUGGCCAUCAACGUUCCGAACUUGCUGAUGUGGUCCAUCACGUGUUGCAUCCGACAGCGAGAGCGGCUUAUGAGCGCACAAUUUAGUGGCAACGAAGGGUCGCGCCGGGCUAUGUGCGACAACCUCAAGCAGAUUAGCAUAGAUUUGACCACGUAUACCAGUCAGCUGCGGUACAGGUUCCCACCACACCUACUUGAAGCACUGGCUAGGGCAUCUGCAGAUUAA